UAAGUAGGAGAGGACUUGAAGGCCCACAACAACAGCAAGCGAUGGCUUCCCUCCUCGUCCGAGGCGUGGAACAGGUUAGUGGUCAAUCCCGGCUGAAGGCAGAUGUAAUUGAAGAAGAUACACAGGACUGGCAGAACAGCCCUUCCUUUACUGGACUGGAAAGAAUUGGAGGAGUAGACCUGUCUUACGUCAAGGGAGAUGACAGAAGUGCUUGUGCUUCUCUAGUGGUGCUCAGCUACCCAGACCUUGAGGUACUGUAUGAAGACUGUCAUAUGGUGGAUGUGAGUGCCCCUUAUGUGGCUGGUUUCCUAGCCUUCAGAGAAGCUCCUUUCCUGGUGGAAGCAGUGCAGCGGUUAGAGGAGCAAGCACCUAUCCUUAGGCCUCAGGUCCUUCUUGUAGAUGGAAAUGGCAUACUCCACCACAGAGGGUUUGGCAUUGCCUGCCAUCUCGGUCUGCUGACAGGUCUUCCCUGUAUUGGAGUAGCAAAAAAUCUCCUACAAGUGGAUGGUCUGUCCAACAAUGAUUUACAUAAGGAACAAAUUCGAGAACUACAGGCAGGAGGAGAUACCUUUCCUCUGUUAAGCACUUCAGGGAGAAUCUUGGGUAUGGUGAGUACCUAGUUAUGGGGUGAGGGAGUGGAGAGCCAAUGGGAAAAAUAGAAAGCAGUGAGCAUUGUCAAAGUUACCACACUGAUAAAAAGGUGAUCCUGACUAGUUUGCUUCCAGAGUCUAGCCCCCAGAUGUUCAAGACCACAGAUACUACUCUUGCUAUUAGCUAAAUUGAUUCUGGGACUUCUAAGAGCUGAAGUCUAAACCAUCUGGAGGGCCAAUGAUUCCCCAACUUGGGUCUAUGCAGUCCUCAGUUUUGGCAUGAGUUAGCUCCUGAGCUGGACUCUUGUUUCCAUUUCUUCCAUAAGUAAUGAUAGUUUGUGCCUCAGCAUAGCACUGGAGAAGCCUCCCCAUCUUCUUGCACCCAGGGGAGUACCCAGUUGAAUGUGAAUGGAGUGUCCAAGGUUCUCAGAAGGCUCUGCUCAUAGGAGAGAGUGAAUCUGGUGGCAGGGGAAUUUUAAAAAAGAGCAUAGCCAUCAAUGUGUAGCAAAUGUAAUUUUAGCACAAGUGAUUGGCAUUGCUAGUUGUGUGGAAACACACAUGUCUACAUGGGCAAAUGCAUACAAAGUGUACACAGUGGUGACAGCAAAUGCUGAGCUCACACUGUCUGAAGAUGUCCUUCUAGAAAUAUCCACCAGGCAUCCUUUUGCCCCCAGCAACACUGCCAUCACUGCACUUUGGCAGCAGCUGCCCUCCAUAUCCAGUCAUUCCUACCAAUCUGUAGUAUGUAUGUAUGUAUGUAUGGUAUCUAUACCCCGCCCUUCAGCCCUAAAGGCUAUCAGAGCAGCUUACAAUUAUUAUUUUUAAUUAGACGGUUCCCUGCCCUCAGGCUCAGCUGCUUCUACUGUCCCAUGACCUCUGAUGUCACCCUUUUUCUACAGCUUUCAGACAGGCUGUUCCCCAAAUUCAGCUCCUUGCAUUUUGACUUGUCUGUUGUUUGAAUGUUAUUGUAAAUGUGAAUGAAUAAACAAAUAGCUGCCCUGGCCCACCUUCUUUCCACAUCUCCUCUACUUCUUUUUCAUUUGUUUUGCUACUCAAUACCAUACUGUUAUAGUGCUGUUAUUCCACUUUAACCUCAA